CUUGUAUUCUUAAUCAGGAACCUUGACGUUAUUUUGUACACAUUACGUCAGAAACAUUUGAAACACUUCUCUUGCAGUGGCUCACUACAUUUUGGCCUGGAGUAAGCCUCACAGACUGCAUUAUUUCUGAAGAGUUGUCAUUUCAGAAUGAGGGGUGUUGUAGCUCUGCUGGGGUUGCUGUUCUGUCUGUCUGGGGCAUGGACUCAGGAGGAGAGCGGAGGGGACAGAGAGAGUUUGGUGGAGAGCCACGGGACUGAAGCUACAGAGACUAUUAGCAAACAGACGACCGGCCAGAUCAACACAACCCCUGAUAUCUGGGGUGAGGUAGAGGAGCUUAGAGACAUGGUGGAUAACCUGGGAACCAUGGUGGUGGAGCAGAGAGAGAAGCUGAGGAACAUGGAGAAAAAGCUGGAAAGAAGGUGGAGAGGAAAGUGGCGGAGAGGAGCUGAGGCCAGACUGGAGAGUGAGAAUGCAGCUAUGGGGGCCAGACUGAGUGCCAUUGAGAUGGAGGUGGAAGAGCUGAAGAGAAUGAAUGCAGGCCUGGAGGCCAGAGUGACAGACAGUGAGAAUGGGAACGCAGCCUUAGAGGCCAGACUGAAUGCCAGUGAGGGGAUGGUGGAGGAGCUGAGGAGAGAGAAUGCAGACAGACCAAAGGUGGCCUUCUCUGCUGGUUUGACUAAUGAUGGAUAUUUAGGACCCUUCAAUAGUAUCACCACACUAGUCUACAGAAAGGUCAUCACCAACAUCGGCAAGGCCUACAACCCAAAUACAGGUGUCUUCACAGCACCAGUGAGAGGACUCUACUACAUCAGAUUCACUGCCAUGGGUCUCAAGGGUCCACAGUCCAUAGGUGCCUAUAUUUACCAUAACGACAAGAGUGUUAUGUUCAAUCACCAGAACAAUGACAAUGGACAUAAUAGGUUCUUGUCUAAUGCGUUGACUCUAGAGCUGGAGGCCGGGGAUGUGGUCUACAUGCGUCUCCCAGUAAAUCAGGGGCUCUAUGAUGAAAAGUCAAGUAACUACAACACCUUCAGUGGCUUCCUGCUCUUCCCUAUGUGAAGGGAGCACUCUGAUGUGAGUUUGAGAUCA